UGUCCGUAGAUGUCGGUGUCGAGAGAGUAUAUAGAGAGAUAAUCCUGGCCAUGAACACUCCUCAUUUACACCCUACUCCACUCUGCUGUGUAAUCUGCAGAUUUCUGAUCUUCCUGACUUAACACAGUCUUUGAUUUGCAACACCCCUUUCACCCCAGAUGAUCGCGAUGCCUGCCUUCCACGAUACUACUUUCGCGGUGCAGGCUCCGCUGUCCGCACUCAAGUCUUGCGACAAUCGUCAUGGAAACUCGCUUAACAUUUCCAGUGACGGCGGCGAUCAUGAGCACUCGGUCGAAAUUCCGGCCACGCGGAGUUCUAUUUCUGAUGCAUCACAGUACAUGCACAAUCUGAGCGUAUCUCCAUCAACGAAAGAUCGUCGUGGUUCCCGGAACUCCCUUGGCACUUCACUGCCCAUUCCCCGUUCGAAACGCCAGUCGAGAUUGUCGUCCGUUCAUUACCCUGAUGGCCACAUCCUCACGAAGGCUGGAACCAAGAUUGUCCAGCCAUGUCGCGACAUCAUCGCAGCACAACUUCAGGAUCUAUCUGGUGAUAAAGUCAAGGCUGCCAAAAAUAUGGCGUUUGUCUUCGAUAUCGAUGGUGUGUUGGUCCAUGGUGACCGUCUCAUUCCAGAAGGGAAGCGUGCUCUCGAGAUAUUGAACGGUGAUAACGAACUUGGUAUAAAGAUACCUCACAUCUUCCUUACUAACGGCUCGGGGAAGCCCGAAAAGCCCCGCGUCGACCAGCUGUCGAAAAUUCUGAAUUCACCCAUCUCCACAGACCAGUUUAUCCAGUCUCACACACCCAUGCGUGCUCUUGCAGAGUACUACAAUACCGUUCUCGUCGUGGGAGGUGAAGGGUACAAAUGUCGGGAAGUGGCCGAGCAAUACGGCUUCAAUGACAUCGUGGUCCCAAACGAUAUCAUUGCGUGGGAUCCUACAAUUGCACCAUACCGUGUCUUUACUGACGCAGAGCGUGCGACGUCGCGGCCUCGUGACUUCUCACAGGUCAAUAUCGAAGCCAUCAUGGUAUUCUCCGACAGUCGUGAUUACGCCACGGACAUGCAGAUCAUUAUGGACCUGUUGCGGUCGGAGAAGGGCCGAUUCGGAACUGUGGCAAAGGAUCCUGACUCUCAACGGAUCCCAAUAUACUUCUCGCAGGGCGAUAUGUUGUGUCCCACCGAGCAUCCCAUACCCCGCAUGUCACAAGGCACAUUUCGCAUUGGCCUUGAAGCCAUGUACAAAGCCUUGACCGGCGUCGACCUUGAGCGUACUGUGUAUGGUAAGCCUGAGCUUGCGACAUACAAAUAUGCCGACGAGGUCAUGGCAAGUUGGAUGGAGCAAAUCCACGGCGACGAGUGCUUGCCAUCUAAUAUUUACAUGGUUGGCGAUAACCCGGCAUCCGAUAUCGUUGGCGGAAACAUGUAUGGUUGGAACACCUGUCUGGUGCGAACUGGUGUGUUCCAGGGCGGUGACAAUGAUGAAGUAAACCCAGCCAACUUUGGUGUAUUCGAAAAUGUGCUAGAGGUGGUGACCACUGCCAUCAAGAAGGAGCUGGGUUCUGAUUUCAAGUGCAAAUUCGACGAGUCGAUCAAUCCAGUCUUGCAUGGAACAGGUGUUUCGGCCAUUGUCUAGUCGUCUUUUUACGGGCUGGAGUGCGCGGCGUUUUUGAAUAUAUCUGUUUAACAACGACUGCAUUUGUCUUCUUUAUUUCCGAAAUGUGUCGAAAUCGAUACUUAUCCAUGAUUAAUAGCAUAGUAAUCAUGAGUAUUUGUUCAAUGAUUUAAGAGUCGAGAAUGACUUUAGUAUCAAAUCUUGACACUAGUACAUAUGGUUCGUGUUUCAUAAGACACAAUGGCUUGCCCGCAGUCGACAAACCGAAGCUGAAGGAUUUGGCGAUAUUGU